AUGGUGGAGGUUCUCGGUCCUCUGUCUGCUCGUCCGCCUACUCCACCUAGGACGUCUCGUAUACUGGAAAAGGAACGACCUGAAGAUUCUCCGGUUGUGGUGCACACGCCUCGCGACUCUCCUUUCUCCGUUAAUGGGUCCACCGGUGCGCCCUCGAGUCGACAAUCUAAGCGCGUCAAUUUCUCACCAUGGACGAAAUACAUCAAGCCUCCUUCCUUCGCCAAUUCCGCCGCAAAGUCCAAGCUGGACCUUAAGUCGCUGCCCCCCUCGAACGAAUGCAAGCCCGCGAAGUCGAUCCUCAAGCCAACCGCCCCCUACGCUCCUGUCGAUGCGCCGUCUACUGGGCCUCACACUCCCGAUUCCUUCGCCAUGCUUCUUGAGUCGAUAUUGCAACAACUAGCCGGGGAGGCCAUUAGCUCAAGGCUUGACGCCUAUAUGCAGUUUUUUGGGGCAUUGAGGGCAUACGAGGAUCUUCCUGGGGAACAAGAGAUUGUGGCGAGGCUUGGUUUGAUCACUCAGUUCAUCCAUCGGGAUGUCAGCGGUGAUCUUACCACCGGCGGACCUUUGCAUACCAACCUCGUCAUUCAGGCCCUCAAGUUGGCUGUCGCGCUGGUCUGGCAUAACGAGGUCGCCGUGCGACUACCCGACGACUUUAAAAUAUUUCUUGUCGAUCAUUCUAUCAACUGUCUUCAAGAUGCGAAAAUGCCCAAGUCCGUCGUUACCCACUACUUGUCAGUCUUGUCGACCCAAAAUUUCCACUCGAAGAUUAUGACAAAUGCGAGAGUAUUACGCAUCUUGACCGUGCUUCACGAACUAACCAACCGAGUCACCGGGAGUGCGAUUGUGUCCCAGCGGCUAAGUAUCUAUUCGCGCGUUCUCAGCCAGUCCAAGUCGGUAUUCGUCUCAAACGCCAUGUUAUGGAUGGACCAUCUUAUUACUGGCUUGCUCCACCAUGUCAAAGACAUUAGGAUAAAGGCUAUCUCUGUCGGCUUUCAGACCUCGAUAACGUGCGGACCGAACCCAACAUUGUCAAAGUCUGUCCGGGAGAUAUUUGGCAGACCUCUCGACGGUGGAAGGAAGCUGGUAACCGAGAUAUGUGAGCGAAUGACGCGCAUGAUGGCAAAUACGGACUGUGGAAUCCAUGUGCCUCAAAUCUGGAGCGUGAUCAUUCUGCUCCUGAGAAACAAAAAGUUCGACAUCGGUCAAUGGGAGCAUUUCAAGGAAUGGGUUCUUGUGCUGCAAAGAUGCUUCAACUGCAGCGAUUCCUCAAUCAAGGCACAGGCUAUUGUCGGGUGGAAUCGAUUUGUUCUUGUCAUAGGCCCCAGCGAUACGACAAGCCCUUCUUUAUUGAGAAUGUUGAGCAAACCCAUCAUAUCACAGUUCGACCGGAAGAAGCAGGACAAGCAGCCCAGUCAACUGGCAUUGUGCAGCUAUUACAAUCUUCUUUAUUACGCAUUCCGUCCAUCGGCGUCUUUCCAACAUCUUGAUGUUGUCUGGGAAGAAUACAUCGCUUCUCCCGCCUCAAGCAUAUUCUCAUUGGUGCCCAACCUCAGCGACAGGCUUGCUCACGUGCUUUCCAAUAUGCUUUGGACCCCCCAGGCAAGAAUCUGGGUCGAAAACAAGGUCAAUGAGAGCAACAAACUGGACCCGGAAGAGUUACCGUCGAUUGAUAGCAAGUGGAUACGGUCGAGGAUCACGUCAGUCCUGGGUGUUUUCGAAGAGAUCUUCAAGUCAUCUGUCUGGGCUCCUGAUAUUGAGCAGUCGCACAUUGCUGCAGCAUGGCUGAGCCUUUCCAGGGCUUUGUCAUAUGCUUCGAGCAAAGAAAUCACCCCAACGCCAGAGUCUAUGCAAGCCGUGGCCCACGUACUUGGGCUUCUCCAGCGCCUAUGGAAUGCAGGACCGUCUUCGCUCAAUGCUGCCGUGGAGAACGAUUCUCUGGCCGUCUUUCAUGAACGGUUCCGCUUUCUAUCUACCACCGUGAUAUAUUCUCUCGGCAGUGCCCGCUUUACUGAGAAGCUCCUCCUAAAGACGGCGGAUGAGACUUUCCAGGCUGCUACAACACCUACACACCGACAUCCAAGAGCAAAUACCACCCUUGACAGCCCUAUCCUACAUUUCCUCCGGUUUAUCAGUGAGCCUAGCAGUUCAGGGCCGACCCCAUCCUACUUGCGUCUAGUCAACGGUGUUCUUGAAGCAACAUGCAACGACAAACUGUCAAGAAGCUCGCGCCUUGAACUUCUUCGACAAUGCUCCGAAGCCCAGCCGUACGACAUGGCUUCCCAUAUCGACAAUGGUAGUUUGGCGGAAGCUGUAUGGACGUCCACGGCACAGCUAUCUGCAGCCUCUCUAGCCUCAUUUCCUAUGGAAACAGCUCGUGAGCGCGAUGGCUCAGUUUCUCGUGAUUAUGAGAACAUCGUCAAAAUCCUGUCCGCAGGCUUGAAGUUUGCCGAUGUUUUCCAGGUGUGGAGUCAACUUGUUGAUUCGCUAAUCCGCGUUGUGAGAACCGAAAAGAGCGACCAAGCAAUUGCAGCAAUGGCUGUGGAGCCUCUUGCUGAGGCUAUCAUAACCCAUGGUGCACGAAAUACUUGCCCCCCAUCAGCGUCGCUUCUGAAGCACUCCCUCUCGAUUUCUUACUGCCAUGAGUCUGGCCUAGGGAACAGUCAGGAACUGUUCUUCCCUCAAAAAUUGGUGGCAUUGGUGAAUAAAACACUUCUGGGGUCCUAUGAGAGCUUUGACCCCUUGGAAACAAGCGGCAUUGCGGAUUUUAUUGAAUGCCUGACGUCUCUUCUGGGCUCGGGUGUCACGACUUUCCGAACCACAGUUCUUGCCCACAUUCAACAACCCCUUACUAGCUAUCUCAGGGACGGAGCACGCAAACUAAACGUUGAGAGCGGCGUGGAAAGUAGAAUCCUUACUGCUUCUGAGGCACAAUCUGGUCCCCUUGACGCACAGGCGGCGAAGAGCGUCCCCAUCGAUAUGUCGGUCAAGUCUCGCAUCGCUUUCAUUCUGGAUAACCCGGAAGAUCCAACCCUGCGCUCGUCGCCUGUCACUGGAGGGUCUGAAAAUAUGUCCAUGUGUCUGGACAAGCAAAUAGAACCCCAUCCACUUCCAAAACUUGAACCUGUGGAUGAGUCCGUUCAUACUACUGACAUGGCUCUCCCCACGGGGCCGGGAGACCCGAGAAAACGCAGCGAGAUGUUCUCGCUCUUUGAGAGCCUCCAUUCAUCGUCACCGCCGACGAAUACCCCGAGAGACAUCGGCUUCAUGACGCCCCCACACUUACGUGAUCUGCGCAACCCAACUGCCAACUCUGCCACCCCCCAAACACCCACCCUACCCCCUGUACUUGCCGACAAUGAGUAUGGAUUUCUAGGGUCGUCUCCUACGCCAGGAACACGAGGCAGAUCGCAGCUGAGCGAGUCUGAAAUCACACAAUCGCUGUCUCCCCCGCCAGCAGACAGCCCCCCCAUGGAAAACGAGCUUCUAUCCUCCCCCCCAAAGCUCAAACCGCUCAGCCCGGAGGCUCACAGUAGCAUUGGAACUCCCACCACGCCUGGCUCACCUAAUCCAGCUGGAGAGCAAUCUACGAUUGGAGCAGAAGAGCCCGUUACAAAGCGCCUACGUUCAUCUACAAAUAAAGUGCCGGAGGAUGAAGAGCCUCCUACGAAUGAGCGGCCGGCGGAAUCACCGGAUAAUGCUCCUCAAGAUUCUGGCCAUUCCCCUGAGAAGACCGCCGACUUGGGAUCCGCCGAAGAAAUCGCAUCCACCCCCACACCGAAGCGCAACCAGAUCUCGGAUGAGCCAAGUAAAGACAAGGAAACGUCACAGGUUGAAGGCUCUGACUUGAUUGCGGACGAAUCCAGUGACGACAUGGAGACCCAAGUCGCGUCUCAGCUAGAGCAAGAUCUGGAGCUUGCUGUAGACUUGGACGAAACACCAAAAGCUACAAAUGAUGCUGCGAACGACGCAGCGAACCCUUCGGAACAGGCCCCGGCGACAAAAAAGAGGAAACGGGAAACGGAAGAGGUUACACCUUCAGGCAAAGACAACGAACGCCGCCGCUCUCAAAGACUCACCAAGACACCUUCGGCUGCAGACGUUGAAGGCAGCCGUGCGACUCGCUCCAAGGGACCGCUGACUGCAUCGCAAGCUGUGGAAUUAUCACCAAUCGAGUCAGCGCCGAAACGACGGAAGCAUGACUCAAAGAGUGAUGCAACCGAUACUGCCCAGAUCACCGAUCAACCGUCUGGUCAUGACAGCGGCAAGGGCAAGGUCUCGGAUAGUCAAGAGGGUUCUCAGAAGCGCCGGUCUUCUCGUCUUAGUGGCCAGGCAGCACCCGCCAUCCCUGAGGACGUUCCGCCGCUUCCCAAGAGGUCGCCUCGACCCAAUCGCCCACGCAAGCAGGACAAAGCCAAGGACAAGGACAGUAUAGAGGAGGAGCCCCAAUCCACAACGGAAGGGACAGGAGCUGAAUCCAAAAAGCUGCCCACGGACGAUGUGCCUGACCACAGUGUCGACAAUGAGGAGCAAGCCGAGGCCACCGCCGAAAGCAAGGAGACUUUGGAGGAGUCGGAGAUCCCAAGCUCAUUGCAACCCGUAUCCGACACCCCGGUCGACACCCAAAUGAGCGAACCUGUACCUGAAAUCGAACCAUCGGUCACCUUCCAAGAAGUCCCGACGAUCCAAGUCUCGGAGUCCAGAGAAGAAGAAAAAGAAGACACGGGGAGUGUCCAUCGCCACGCAAACCGACACGCCCCCGAGCCGGCCAACCCCCAGGCCGACAUUGCGACCUCCCUUCGCAAAGUGUUGGACGUCGCCAAGCUGGCCAAGUUGGACCGGGGCUCGCUCAAAGAAAUUGACGAUUUAUUAUUUGAUAUCAAGCUGGAAACGCACGAGGCAUUGAGGAGAAACACGGGUUGAAUUGGUUUUGCAUAGCGAUGGCGUUUCAAAGUCUUGUCUAUAUCCUAUUUCUUAGACUUUAUACUCUUUUUUUUGUGUGUGUGUUUCUUGCCUCUUGAUGGGUUUUGUCUUUUGACUUUUGAUCAUGUCCCAUCCAAAAGAAGUUUGUCUCUCUCUCUCUCUCUCUCUCUCUCUCUCUCUCUCUCUCUCUCUCUCUCUCUCUCUCUGGCUUUCUUUCGGUCCAUUUCUUUACAUACA